UCAUAUGAGUAAAUCUCUCUCUCUCUCUCUCUAUUAUCCCUAUUUUUUUAUAAAAAUUUUGCUAUUUGAUUUAGAGUGUUUUAGUAGUAAUAUAAAAGUAGAAACUUUGGGUCAUUUCUUUGAUUUCUGUGUCGUUUUUGGUAUUUGUCUGUAGGGUUUGAUUUGUUUGAAGUUACUCUGGUAUUGGUGGUUUCAAUUACUUUGAAGUUUUCUUUUUAUUUAAUAAAUAUUUAAUCUAGUGUGCAUUGCAUAGAAUUUUUUUUUUUUUUUUGUUCUUUUAUAAAAAUUGAACCUUUCGUUAGGAGUUUGGAGUGUACCAGUUGUACUAGUUCUUACUAUCCUAAUAAAAUUGCAUGGAGAUUUUCUAGAGUUUUCCUAAUAUCAUUAUAUUUAUAUUUUGGUUGGUUCAUUUAGUUAAAUUGGGAUUAUUGUUUCUAAUCUCAUUCUAUUACGGCCAUUUAGUAAUUUAGCCCCUUUGAUAAAUAUACUUUCUUUCGUGAGUCGAGAGGGGGCCCCAAGAGGAGGCAGUGUUUUCUGAGAGAGUGAUACUUUUUGUGUUUCACUUUUCUUACUUCGUCUCCCCAUGCAUACUCAAGCUAGUUGUGAAACUAGCGUUAAUUUAUUGUGUGCUUUAUUUCGUUUUUCCUAUUUCUCUUCGUUUUUCUUUUUUUUUGUAACCAACAAACUAAAGUUUUCCGCUUUUGCCAUAAUAAUUUCAUUGAAAAUCUAGUGAACUUACCUACAAAUUCCAUAGCAGUUUUCUCGUUUCUUUAUUCCUUACGGAAUAAUUUCUGAUCUCAGAAUAAUAUUGUCACCUAAUUUUCUCAGUUUCUAUAUUUAAUUACAUUUGGAGUUGCUGAAUUUACUGCAUUUUGCACAGAAUCAGAACUAGUGAAUGAUGAGAAGAUGAGAAAAUUUCUUCUUUGCACUCAUAUUUUGAUUUGGUUAUUGCAGUAUAGAUUCUGAAGAAGAGUUAUAAGGGGAUAUGGCAGCCUAUAAACCGAAGAACAUACUAAUCACAGGAGCCGCGGGCUUCAUUGCCUCUCACGUCGCCAACCGCCUCGCCAGUAACUACCCAGAAUACAACAUCGUGGUUCUCGACAAGCUCGACUACUGCUCCAACAUAAAGAAUCUUCUGCCCUCACAUUCCUUGCCGAACUUCAAGUUCGUCAAAGGCGAUAUAGCAUGCGCAGACCUCAUAAACUUCAUCCUCACCACCGAGGCCAUCGACACCGUCAUGCACUUUGCUGCGCAGACCCAUGUAGACAACUCCUUUGGCAAUUCUUUUGAGUUCACGAAGAGUAACGUUUACGGGACUCAUGUUCUUCUCGAGGCCUGCAGGACGUCAGCAGGUCAGAUUCGGAGGUUCAUUCAUGUCAGUACCGAUGAGGUGUACGGCGAAACCGAUGAGGAUGCUGUGGUUGGGAAUCACGAGGCGUCUCAGCUCCUUCCUACAAAUCCUUACUCUGCUUCUAAAGCCGGAGCGGAGAUGCUUGUGAUGGCUUACGGGAGAUCGUAUGGCUUGCCUGUGGUGACUACUCGCGGAAACAAUGUUUACGGGCCUAAUCAGUUCCCCGAAAAGCUUAUUCCGAAGUUUGUACUUUUAGCUAUGAGGGGGCAGCCUCUUCCGAUUCACGGAGAUGGAUCUAAUGUUAGGAGCUAUCUAUACUGUGAGGAUGUCGCGGAGGCUUUCGAUGUUGUCCUUCACAAAGGAGCAGUCGGGCAUGUUUAUAAUAUCGGGACGAAGAAAGAGAGGAGGGUGAUUGAUGUUGCUAAAGAUAUUUGCAAGCUUUUCACGCUGGAUCCUGAUAAAGUUAUUCAGUUUGUUACGAACAGGCCCUUCAACGAUCAGAGAUAUUAUUUGGAUGAUCAGAAAUUGAAGAAACUUGGGUGGUCGGAGCGAACUACUUGGGAGGAGGGGCUAAGAAAGACUAUUGAAUGGUACAGAAGCAAUCCUGAUUGGUGGGGCGACGUUUCUGGCGCGUUACUGCCUCAUCCUAGAAUGCUGACGACGUCUAGGCCUUUCAAUGGAUCCGGGGAGAUCAAGGACUUGGUUUAUCAAUUUACGAGUAACUACACAAGUACGGCAAUCCGUAAUUCAACGAACUAUUCUGAAAAUUCUCCUCUGAAGUUCCUUAUUUACGGCAGGACUGGAUGGAUAGGGGGGCUUCUUGGUAAAAUAUGUGAGACGAAAGGCAUACCAUUUGAGUACGGAAAGGGUCGUCUCGAAGAGCGUUCGCAACUCGUAUUAGACAUCCUGAAUGCGAAGCCAACACACGUCUUCAAUGCAGCCGGCGUGACUGGGAGACCAAAUGUCGACUGGUGUGAGUCUCACAAGCCAGGGACGAUUCGAACCAAUGUCACGGGUACUCUGAAUCUUGCAGAUGUAUGCAGAGAAUAUGGAUUGUUGAUGAUGAAUUAUGCUACUGGGUGCAUAUUUGAGUAUGAUGACGAGCAUCCUGAAGGGUCAGGCCUUGGCUUUAAAGAGGAAGACAAGCCAAACUUUACCGGAUCAUUUUACUCGAAGACCAAAGCAAUGGUCGAAGAUCUUUUGCAAGAGUACAACAAUGUGUGCACUCUUCGAGUUCGAAUGCCAAUAUCUUCAGACCUUAAUAACCCGCGCAACUUCAUCACUAAGAUCUCUAGGUACGACAAAGUGGUAAACAUCCCGAACAGCAUGACCGUCCUGGAUGAACUUCUGCCCAUAUCAGUUGAGAUGGCUAGAAGGAACUGCAGGGGCAUAUGGAAUUUUACUAAUCCCGGGGUUAUUAGCCACAAUGAGAUUUUAGAGUUAUAUAGAAGCUUCAUCGAUCCUAACUUAACGUGGGUAAACUUUACGCUCGAAGAACAAGCCAAAGUAAUUGUCGCCCCUCGAAGUAACAAUGAGAUGGAUGCUUCAAAGUUGAAGAAUGAGUUCCCUGAGGUAUUAUCUAUCAAAGAUUCAUUGAUCAAGUAUGUUUUUGAGCCCAACAGGAAGAUCACAGCUGGUGAAUUAGCUGACUGAUGAAACCGACUCGUUAACAACUAGUCACUAGCCUUGACAUCUGCAUGAGUAGUUAACCGCAGCUAAUUUAUGUAAU